AUGAGUUCUACCACAAACGUUACAGCAUCAGAUACACUGAUCAAUGACAAUACAAUCGAAGAAAUUAGUCGAAUUUUAGAAUUACAAGAUACUGAAGAAAAAGAGCAAAUAAUUAAUGAUGUAUUGAAAAAUGGUCGUCAAGCAUUAGUCAAGUAUGAACGUAUUCUCAUUCCAGAAAUUUAUUCAGUAGAAAUCAACAAAUCUAUUGAUGAUCAAUCAGCUGUUGUACAAACAUUAAUUCAACGAACUGAUUUGUCAGAAUUAAUAAAACAACAUGUCUAUCAACGAUGGAAAACAGCUUGUUUGAAUCAACCAAAGAUCUGGGAAUUUAUCGUCAAGAUGAAGGAUGAAAAUAAGGAGCAUUUUGAAUCUGUUCUACAACAUACAGCUGAUUAUGAUAGCACAUACACCAAAUCAUCUUCAAUUUUAGCCGUCAUUUUGCAAAUAUUAUUUCACGGUAUUGAUAAUGAAUCUUUCACAAAAACUAUUUUUAUCGAUCUGUGGAAUUCUGUAACAAACAAAGGAAUACAAGGAUGCAAAGAUUUUACUCAAUACAUUUCUGAAGAUGAUUUAAAUGAACAAUUAGCUGAUUGUGACUCACCAUUGUUUCUGGCAUUACGUAUAUAUUAUUACGAGCAAUUAUCUGAAUUAUUUAAACAAAAUAAAAUACCGGAUACCAGAAAUCUAUAUAGCUUAGCGGCCGAUAAUGUUACCAAAAAGGGUUGGCUAAACGGUAUUGAGUCAGUGAAAAACAAGAUCCCACUGGUCAAAUAUGAAGCGCUUUUGAAAGAAAUUGCACCUAUGAUCGGUUCUUCUGUGGAAGUUCCAGAGUUACGAUCAACGUCGACGCCGACAUCAGCUUCCAAUCUAGCCACGUCAACUCGUGAUAACACACCAUUGCCCAAUACCACACAUUUAGGUAAGUUUCAACAAAUAUAA